AUGGCAGAAAUUCCAAGAAAUACAAAGCAUUCCCCAACACCCAAUUCCAUUCAAAACCCAUCACCAAAUUCAUCAACUACUUUUAUAUUUUUGAACUUCAGUGACCCUGCAAAUUCUUACCGAUUAGAGAAUGGUGAUAAUCCUGGAAUGACUCUAGUUGCAGAUCUUCUCACCACAGAUAACUAUGCUACUUGGUCCAGGGCGAUGUGUAGAGCCUUGAGAGCCAAGAACAAGCUUGGAUUCAUUAAUGGAGCCAUUCCCAAGCCCACGAAUACUGAGGAUCUAUUAUUUGAAGCUUGGGAACGAUGUAAUGAUAUGGUUGUUUUUUGGAUCCAGAAUUCUAUCAGCAGCACACUCAAAUCAAGUGUAGUCUUUGUUGAUGAUGCUUCAGAGAUAUGGAUGGAGCUCCUGGAAUAG